AUGAAGUACGCUCUUACACUCGAACUUCACUUUCUAGUAGCUCUCGUGAACGCAAAAGUCGUACCAGGCCGAAACCCUAGCAUACAUCGUCAAGAUCUCGCGUUCCAUCUCAACGAUGGUCAAAAUGCCGGCACAGCUCCCGUAUUCUCUUCCAACAGCACCGUCAUCAUCGCCGCAGACAAAUGGAGCGACGCCGUCGACCGCGGUACCAAGCUCCUCGACGGCAUGCCAUCCAACGACGCUACCGCAGCAACGCUGUACGGCUUCACGACAGGUACUGCUGUAUCUCCUCUCGAUGGCGGCUUGGCCGAGAAACUGCGCGGAUGGGGCUACAACGAUAACACUGCAACAUGA